GGCACCGUUUCCAGCUCCAGUGAGUCUGCCUGAGCGCUGCGCAGUCAACCGUCUGCAGCGCCACUGGCUGCAGGGAUAUCCCGAUGAAAGAGGAGACUGCUCGGGGUGAAUUCGGACAAGUUUUAACUACAAGUUUUAACUAUAUUGAGGUGGAGGAGUUGGCGAAUUAAGCACCACUCAAAGACAAAAGACUCAGAUGUUGCUGCCAUGUGCCAGACUUACACCCUAAGCAGACAAAAGACACAGCACCCCGAGGAACUUUUAGCUAUUUUCUGCAGCCUGGUAAGAGAGACUUUGAGAGAAUAUCCUCCAAGACUCAGAAAAGCACACCCCUAUCACAGAGUGUCCACCUGUACUCUACCUUCACCCAGCAGCACCUUCCUUAUCCUCUCACAGAACUGGCUGUACUGUCAGUAAGGUUUAUUCACAAAUGUCUACCUCACGAUUAAAAGACCCCUCACCGACACUGCGACCCUGAACAGGAUACAAAAUGACCUCGAGCAUUGACCAGGAUGACAGUAGUAUUUUUGAUGGGUUAAUGGAAGAAGAUGAAAAGGACAAAGCAAAACGCGUGUCCCGUAACAAGUCUGAGAAGAAGCGCAGAGACCAGUUCAAUGUCCUCAUCAAGGAGUUGGGUACAAUGCUGCCGGGCAACACCCGGAAGAUGGACAAGUCCACUAUUUUGCAGAAAAGUAUCGACUUUCUGCACAAACACAAAGAAAUCGCAGCUCAGUCAGAGUCAACUGAGAUCAGACAAGACUGGAAACCUCCUUUUCUUAGUAAUGAAGAGUUCACUCAGCUGAUGUUGGAGGCGUUAGAUGGAUUUUUCCUUGCAAUUAUGGCUGAUGGGAAUAUAAUCUAUGUCUCUGAGAGUGUGACUUCCCUACUAGAACAUUUACCAUCUGAUCUUGUUGAUCAGAACUUGUUAAAUUUCUUGCCUGUGGGGGAGCAUUCAGAGGUGUACAAGGCUCUGUCCUCUCAUGUCAUGGAAGGAGAAACAUUGACACCUGAGUAUCUUAAAACAAAAAAUCAGCUAGAGUUCUGUUGCCACAUGCUCCGAGGGACAAUCGACCCCAAAGAGCCCCCCGUGUAUGAAUAUGUAAAGUUUAUUGGAAACUUCAAGUCCCUGAAUAAUGUGCCUAACUGUACCCGAAAUGGUUUCGAUGGAGUGAUCCAGCGAUCACUUCACUCUGCCUUUGAAGACAGAGUGUGUCUCAUAGCCACUGUGAGGCUAGCCAAGCCACAGUUUAUCAAGGAGAUGUGCACAGUAGAAGAGCCUAAUGAGGAAUUUACAUCCAGACAUAGUUUAGAGUGGAAAUUUCUCUUCCUGGACCACAGAGCUCCGCCCAUCAUAGGUUACCUCCCAUUUGAGGUCCUGGGUACAUCAGGAUAUGACUACUAUCAUGUAGAUGACCUUGAGACACUAGCCAAGUGUCACGAACACUUAAUGCAAUAUGGGAAAGGAAAGUCCUGCUACUACAGAUUCCUCACCAAAGGGCAGCAAUGGAUUUGGCUUCAGACCCAUUACUACAUUACUUAUCACCAGUGGAACUCCAGGCCAGAGUUCAUUGUCUGCACACACACGGUCGUAAGUUAUGCUGAAGUAAGAGCAGAACAGCGCAGAGAGCUGGGAAUUGAAGAAUCACCACCUCAAAUCACCGCUGAGAAGCAAUCCCAGGAUUCAGGCUCUGAGUCCCAGCUCAACACUUUCAGCUUGAAAGAGGCCUUAGAGCGAUUUGACCACAGUCGGACCCCAUCGGCCUCGUCUCGCAGCUCACGUAAAUCUUCCCACACGGCUGUGUCUGACCCAGCCUCAUCACAAAUGAAGCUUCAGGGAGAUAGGAGUACACCAGGUCGCCAGUCGGUCUCUGCUGUGGAGAUGACAUCACAACGGAGAUCAUCUAUCAGCAGUCAGCAGUCGAUGAGUUCCCAAAAUACAGGACAGAACGUGGCGUCAUCCAUGGUUUCACAACAACAGCCGCAGCAGCCACAACAGCAGCAACAGCAACAACAACAGCAGCAACAGCAACAAGUUCCGACCAACAACCAAUCAAUGGUCCAGUUCUCCAGCCAGUUAGAAGCCAUGCAGCACCUGAAAGACCAGCUGGAGCAGAGGACCAGAAUGAUCGAGGCCAACAUUCAGCGGCAGCAGGAUGAGCUGCGGCAGAUCCAGGACGAGCUACAGAGGGUGCAGGGACAGAGUCUGCAGAUGUUCCUGCAGAAAGGGCCUGGAGGACUAAAUGUGAGCUCUGUACAGAUGGCCCAGGGGAAUGGUGGGCAGCAGGGGGGUACACUCAGCAUGCAGGGCCAGGUGGUUUCUGCAGGAUCUCUGCAAAACAGCAUACAGCAACAACAUGCUGUGCAGCCCCCAUCCCAGCAGCAAACACUCCUACGGGAACAGAACACAGCACUCUCGCAGCCUCAGAGGUCGUCGCACACAGUGCAGCCUCAACAGAAUCCACUGCCUGCAUCUCUCUACAACACAAUGAUGAUCCCUCAGCAAAGUCCUGCUAACGUGGUUCAGAUUGCCACAAGCCUGGCGCAGAAUACUGGACCCAACACUCCUGCUGUGGCAACAUUUGCACAGGACCGUUCGGCUCAGAUUAGGUUUCCUGCAGGCCCCCAGCUGCUCACCAAGCUAGUGACAGGGCAGAUGACAUGUGGGGCAGUUAUGGUCCCCACAACCAUGUUUAUGGGUCAAGUGGUGACGGCCUUUGCACCGCAGCAGGGCCAGACGCAGACAAUUAGCAUUUCCCAACAGGCGCCGCAACAGCAACAGCAACAGGAGCAACAGAUUCAACCGCAGUCUCAGGUCACAGCCAUGCAGCAAGGGCAAGCUCCACUGACCCAGCAGCAAACACAGUUCCUACAGGCUCCUCGACUCCUUCAUGGAAACCAGUCCACCCAGCUGAUCCUGCAGGCAGCGUUCCCUUUGCAGCAGCAGGGUACCUUCACUGCAGCAGCCCAACAGCAGCAGCAACAGCAUCAAACACAGCAGAAGCAGUUACAACAAAAGCAGCAACAGCAGCUGGCUCCUCACAGAGCAGAUAGUUUGUCUGACCGCUCAGCGACACAGCCGCAGUAACUAGCCCAAGCCUAUCAGAAGUGCAGUUAGCCAAACUCAGGUGUGGUUGAUGGGAGUGUAAAGUGCAGUUCUGCUGAAAGUGCACCACUGAAACCUCAGAGGAUGAGAAGUGGACACUCUGUUGCUCUGCUUCUCUCACGCGAAUCUUGUGCUGUUUGCACUUCACUCCUGAGCCCAGAGUACACCAGAGAACCCGGGAUGGGGCUUGCUGUGGCAGCAGGUUUGGCUGUGGAAUGAAGCCUUCCCUCCAAGAAAACAGGGCCAUACAAGGCCUGCAAAAGACUCCCCCUUACGCCUCCCCUUGUGUCGUGUGUGUCUGUGUUUGGGUGUGUGUGUGUGUGCAGGCGCGCAUGUGUGCUCUAGUCACCCUCACAGGAUUAUUUCACAGUUCUCCCGUCAGUGCGGUGGAGAUCUUCACUUCGAGGACGUCCUACAAAACAACCAAUUGUUUGUUUUGUAUGUUUUUCUUGUAAAACUAAUUAUGGGUCAGAAAAUAUUUUUAAGAAUGUGGUGUAGAUUGAACUUUGACUGUACAGAAUAUCAUGUGUAAUAUAUACUGUAAAUAUACUGAAGAAUAACUAAUAUUUUAUAUGAUGCAUGAAAUGAAAUGCAUAGUCUGUUAUUUGCAGCUUUGAAUAUGCUUUUUUUCUAAUACUCAGAAAAAAAGACCUGAAAAUGCUUAGUGGCUGAUAUUUUCACAGACUUCCUUUCUCCUAGGGGAUGUUUGUUUGUGUGUCUGCAUCAGACAGUGCCGAUGCUGUUUGUUGUGUCACAGUUUGUUUAAUCCUUGACCCCUAUUUUCACACAACUUCACAAAAUUAUCGACAGAAUGAUAGAAAAAUACUUUAGUUUUUUUAAAGAUGUGCUCAAGCACUUAAGACUUGAAAUCAAUGUGUGAGAUUUGUGAAUAGAAUGGAGGCAACAUUAAGCUAAACAUAUGCAACAGUAAGAUCUGCUAACAUUAUCCUUCAUAUCAUCAUUUCUUAAUUUUUAGAACUUGAGAUCCCUCCAUUUCACAGCCAUCCAUAUCGCCUGUGUUGGCACCCAAGGAUGCUUUAUUUCACCUGUAAACAUUUAUACUUUUAGAUGUAUGUAAAUAUAAAAUACUAACCCAUUAAAUACUUUAGUAAGAGACAUGAUCUAGUUUUAAGCCAUCUAACUGUUUUAGCUGGGCACGCAGAACAAAAAGCAUCCACUCUCUCUAGGACUUUCUGGGAGACACCAGUCAUCCUGUCAACCCGAUACAAAGAUCCCAUCCUAUUCCAUUAUACCCUUCUCUGAGCUCUGUGGAUUAUCGGGAGAAGCCAGUUGCUCUGCUUUUUGUAGCUGUGCUGAGUGGUCUGAGAUUGUCUUGUGAGAACUGCAGUAACGUUAUUUGGCCCCUUGAUGGCAGUGACAUGGAUAUAUUAUGGCUUUUUACAUUUAGAAAACAAACGUAUGAGUUACAUUUGGGAUUUCAUUUGCAACCUCUCUUCCGCAGACGAGGUGCUGAGCCAGUUCUACCAUUGUGCCUUUUGAGAACCAGCACACAUUUUGGCAGAGAAUCUAAUAUCAUGAAGUGUUCCCAGUAGAAGUAGGUGUUGUUUCUGUGGGAGGAAAAUUGAGGCUGUAUCUGACAGUGUCUUGGUGUAGACACUUAUGUCACUUUGGGUCCCAAUUUAAGGGGGCCUUUUUUUUCUUUCUUUUUUUUUUAUAAACGGUGGAAAAACAUGUGAACCCAGCUCUACAUCAUGGACUGGUACCACCAAACCGUUGCUUUUCAGCUCCUUAACACUUGAUGGUAUUCAGCAGCUGGAUGCUAACAUCGUCCGCUGAUUGAUGCUUUGCAGGUAAUAUUUAUUUUUCUAAACUGCAGUUAUGGAUCGUAAAACAUUCAGAGUGAGGACAAUGCAAAGCCAGUAAUACUCUUUAGGUUCAGAACUGCAAGCACUUAAAUAUAAGCAGUCAUGUGAGCAACUGUCAUUGUAAUAACACUGAUUAAAGCUGCCUUAAGUUUUUAAAAAAAAAGAAGAUUUUUCAGGACACACUUAUAUAAUAUUAGGCCAAAUCCAGCAGUACUGGGAAGACGUUUUAAUUACCCAUUAAAUAUUUGCCAAAAGCUAAAAAGAACCUUGGAGUUCUACAGUCACAAUGGAAAGUUGGGGUAAGCCAGACUUUUAGUACACUCACCAUAAUUUGUAUCACUGAGCUAAAGAUGGCAUUGAGGGGAUCAGUGUUACUGUAGACGGAGACCAUCACCAGGAUCCCCAGCAGACUCAGCCCUACGUGUUCUGGCUUAGUAGGCUUGCUUUGCAGCCUCCUCACCAUCUGAUCUAAUGCACUGCCAGAUGGUAUGAAGCUGACAGUCCAACCUCCUCUUCAUCUGUGUGAAAUGAUGGGCUGAGCUCAACACAUGGCCACAAAGUCAGUCUUUGACAUCUGCUACAAGAUAUCUUGUAAAACCGUGCACUCUUAUAUCAUCUUCCCAGUAUUAGAGUGUAGUGUUCACAAAGGGGAAACCCUACCCGAUAGCAUACGUUUAUUUAGAAAGUCAGUUUUGUUCUAGGCCACCUUGAAUCCAGCCAUUUUCAGAAGACGGAGUCAGUUGUACAGAGUGCUUCAAAGCACUGAAAAGUGAACAUUUUAUUCCACUGUUCCCAGUUUGUGCAGUACAGCAUAGAAAACCCAAGCAAGCAUCGAGUGUCAAUAGAAAGCGCCUCUACUCUUAUUUACUGUUUAUUGCUCGAGGAUAGAGGAGCCUAUCAUGAUUUGGCACAAGCAGCAGCUUUUCUUAAAGGUUGAUGCUGCUCAGGUUGGAUUAGGCUGGGAGGAAAAUCAACUGUCACAUCAACAGCUACAGUUUCUACCACGAUAAUACCUCUGGGCACUUAUGAUUCUUCAGUCUAACUAGGCUGUUAAUGUCUGAAAGUUCAUUAUUCAAAACUUCAAAUACAUUUGGCCUUUUUUCUUUGAAUUAUUUCUGUGACUUAUCAUUUAUCAUUGGCCACAUGUAACUACCAUUUUCAUUAACCUUCAUACUGCAGAUGGGACCAGAUGAAGAAUAUAGAUUUGUAUAUUUGUCUUGACUUGGAGAAACAAUGCUUCAAAGUAUCUUCCUUAUCUCACAAAUCACCUUUUUUUUUAAACUUAAAAUGAUAACGGAACAAUAAUUUUACAAGAUUUAUCUGUAUCUGAUUUAGUAAGUUCCCUAAAUUACUGUCAAGUACAGAAAAGAGUGAAAGCGAACGUACAGAAUGCACCUUUAUGAUCCCAGAUCCCACAAAUGAUGACAGAACCAUUCUGAGUUAAUUAUUCAAUCUCUUUCUUCAGGACAACUCUAAAUAAAUAAUAAAAUCCAAAUCCGGGACAUUAAACUAUUAGACAUUCUCGCUUGCUAUCUCACCAGCCUCCUGUCAGUGCAAAAGAAAAAAACAAAGCAAAAAGCGCUUGUAUAAACUGCCUCCUUGUUUUUAAAACCCACAAAUUACAUUUUCAUUGAAUCUCCAAUACCUGCUUGCUCCACUGUGAUGAUUCUGUGCUGCAUAAAUUGGAUUAUAAUUGGACCUCAUAGUCCUAAUUUUCCACAUGGCAUUUCUCUCCCUCCUCCUUUAAAAUCUAUGAUCAUACUACAACAGAUCAGUGUUUGAGUAAGACAACCGCUAUCUCCUGUUACGAAUUUCUGUAGAGUGGACCUCGUCCUGUGCUGCAUGCAAGCAGCACAUGCCUACAAGAAUGUAUUCAGUGUCAUUAACGUGGGGACUUCAUUUUUCAUGAGGAGGCGUAUACCUGUGGGAGGCUUUGCACAUUGUAAGAUAGGAAAUACAGUAAAUAAGAGAGAGAACUUAAUUAUUUUUCUAUGUGUGGUAUAAACU